CCAUGACAACAGCCGCUUCCUGUCUGCCUCCCAGCUAAAAUAAGUGAGUGACAACAUGGCGUCUGUUCAGGAAGAAAUCUUUAAAUGUGUGCUGUCCGGAGACCUGGAUACUAUCAAGCAGUAUUUACAAGCUGAGCGUGUCGCGGACGAGUCGCAGGUAAAAGAUUAUUUCAGUAAGAAGGACGAGUUUGGGAGAAGUGCUCUGUUAACCGCCGCCAUGUUGGGAAAGAGCGCCAUCGUCCGGGAGCUGGUGAGAGGAGGAGCUCAGGUCAACGAGCAGACUGAGAGAGGUUAUUCAUCCCUGCACCUCGCGGCUUGUUGGGGUCACGUGGAGACAGUGAGGACUCUGCUUGAACAGGAAGCUGACAUGCAGGCCACAACCUUCAGGGGGGAGAGGCCUGUAGACCUGGCUCGGAGAUACUCCAAGACGGACUGUGUAGACUGUCUCACCCUGGCAGAAGCUAAACAGGACCUGAUGUCAUAUCUAGCCUUUGUUAAGAACAUUAUUUCAGACUCAGAGAGGAGCCUCACAAAGGAAGAGAAGAACAUCUGUACGCGUGCAUGUUCUGCCAAGUCCGACUGGAUUCAGAGUGUCCAACACCCAGCCGCGUCAGACUUCAUCGCCCAGAGGACAGACAUAGAGGACACUCUGCAACCUGUUCUCAGCAAGUUGUCCGCACAAAUGCCUAAUAAACCAUCUUUAAAGGUUUAAAACAGCGAUGUUGUGAGGACAUCACCUCUUCUCCGAAUCUCACCUGGAGAUAAACGCUGUGUUUUGAAUAACGUUUUUUUGGACUUCCUGUAUCCGCCUAAUGGCUGUCUCAUGUUCCCCAUGUGGAACCACCUGUCCCCAACCCAAAAGAGGCCCAUGUUUUGUCAUGAUAAUAGAAUGAAUAAAGGACGUGAACUCUC